AUGAAGAUCCUGACAAAGGAACAAGAGGAAGCCCACUACGCUGCCGUUAUGAAGGGUGGCCUCAUCGGUGGCAGUGUCGGCCUCGGCCUCGGCCUCUGCGGCGUCCUCCUCGCCUCCAGGCGCUUCAUAGCCUUCCGCGGCCUCACCCUGCCUUUCCGAACGUUCUUGGUCCAAUCUGCCGGCACAUUUGGCGCCGUCGUAAACGCCGAUCGAUCGUCUUCAGAGUUUCAUAAAAAUCAGAAUCCCAUGUACUCAUACAAGAGCCAGACACAGCUGCUUAGCGAACAGGCCGCCGGGGGGGAACAGCCAUUCCUCAAGAAUUUGGCCGAAUACGGCAGGGAAAAACGCUACUCGAUUGUCUUCGCCUCAUGGCUUGUCUCCAUGGGCGUUGCAUUCGCGCUGGUGAACCGCUGCCCCAUGAACGCUGCCAACAAGGUUGUUCAGGCUCGGAUGUAUGCACAGGGGCUGACGCUCAUCGUUCUUGUUGUCACAGCCGCUCUCGAGAUGAAUGACGUCAAGAAGGGCAAUGGACUAUGGCAAACUGUCACGGUUGUCGAUCCAAAUAACCCUGGGCAUCUGGUUGAGAAGAAGGUUCACAGGGAACAAUACGAGGGUCAGGAUCUCUGGAAGGAUAUGGUUGCCACCGAAGAAAGACGAUUGGCCAUAAAGAAGGCCGCGGACAAAACGAUCCAGGAAAGUGCAGCCGGCCAUGGGCCGUCGGUUCUUGUUCGCUAG